UGACUCAAAUAUGUCUAUGAGAAUCAGACAUGUGUCAGUGAGGUCAGAAACUGAUAGGAUGAUGAGGACUGGCUUGCAGUCAGCAUUACUGUUUAUUCCACAGGUGUUCAGUGGGGUUCAUGUCUGGGCUUUUGUGUAGGCCUGUCAAGUUCUUCCUCAGUAAAUCAUUAAUUUAUGGGAAUUGCAUUGUGCACAAAGCGGGCAUUGUCAUGCUGUAGGAGAAAAAGGCUCUCUCCAAAUUGUUGUCACAAAUUUGGAAGCACACUAUUCUAAAGAAUGUCAUUGUAUGUCAUUGUAUUUUUUAGAUUUUUUCCCUGGAUUUAAAGGGCCUGGCCAAAUAGUUUGCCCAUUAACUAGAAACGGCAUGUUCACAUACUUUUUUGCCACUUACUAAACUCAAGGUCAAAAUAAAACUAUUCAGUUUUAAUAAUGAAUGCUAAGACACAUUCAUCUGUUUUUUUUUCUAAAGUAGGCCAAGUCCUUAUUGUUAAAAAGAUUGAAGGCUAUAGGCUGAUCAUUAUUUAAAUGGAACCGGGAGAAUCAUUUCAGUUCAUGUUUAGGUCAGUGAGCAGUUCCCAUGAUGUGGGAUGUUAAUCAGUCUUUAUUGGAGCAGUCAUUGUGCUCCACUUUGACAUUGCAUAAAUUGAUUUGGCUCACUGCAUCCACUCAAACAAUCCAUACAUCCUUAUUUUGGGUCAAAAAGUGCUUUUUUCCAUCAACGGCUGCCCUAAUUUACUUCUCUAAACAACAAACAGUGGAAGCAUUUUUAUAUUUAAUGACUUCUAAAAAUCGAAACCGCUUUUCAUGGUCUACAUUUCCUCCUUUACCUCUCACAAGGUUAUCCAACUCACUGCCAACAUUUCAAAUGAAACAUUCAAACUUGAAAUAAUGUUAUCUCUUUCUCUAUGUCAGUCCCAUUAAUUAUCAAUAUUAUACAUAAUUUUAGCUCGUAUUCACAGGGUAAAGUUUGCCAACACUAUACAAAUUUAUCUUCUUAUUUCUUAUAAAAAAAGACUAAAGCAAAAUCAUCCAGAUGAUUUUAACAAGUUCAAAAUAUUUCGAGUACUUUUUUAACGUGACCAUAGGCCAAGUGACAAAUUUUGUCCAUUACAGCAGGCCACGCCACAAACUACUUACUGAUCAAUAAUAACUUGGUGGUGCAUUGAUUAGUAUAUAAAAAGCUAAUGUAUUGUGCCACCAUUCACAGACUGACACAGAGAGGAGAACAGCACUGUUUAUUAUUUAACACGAGAAUUUAACCGCUUUUUUCACUUCUCUUAAUACAAUUACCAUCGCUUUUGUAUACAAUAAUUUACGACUCUGAGACAUCAAACCUCACAACAUGAGCCAUCACUCCUCAUGGAGAGGGCAUCAUUGUGCCCCUGGAGACAUCAACUGCACUGCAGGCUUUAAGGAGUCAUUGGGCAGCAGGAGCUACAAGUUGCUCCAUGUGCCUUUCCAUGGGCCGACCCAUUGCCACCAGCAUGAGCCUCCACACCCGUUCCCCACCGUGGAUGUUCCUGAUUAUGCCCACUACAUCAUCGGCUCUGUCAUCUUAAUAGUCGGCAUCACCGGAGUGAUUGGAAACGCACUGGUGGUCUACGUGUUCUGCCGUAGCCGUACUCUUCACACCGCAGGGAACAUGUUUGUGGUGAACCUGGCUGUAGCUGAUUUCUUCAUGUCCCUCACCCAGUCACCGGUGUUCUUCGCAGCCAGCCUGCACAGGCGCUGGGUGUUCGGCGAGCGCUCUUGUGAGCUCUACGCCUUUUGCGGCGCUCUCUUUGGGAUCUGUUCCAUGAUGACUUUGACUGCCAUAGCUGCCGAUCGCUGCCUCGCCAUAACUCAGCCUCUCGCCCUCGUAGGCAGAGUUAGUCGACACAAAGCAGGUGCGGUAUUGGCCGUCGUGUGGCUCUACUCCCUGGGCUGGAGCCUUCCACCAUUCUUUGGCUGGAGUGCUUAUGUUCCAGAGGGUCUUCAGACUUCCUGUUCUUGGGACUAUAUGACCUUCACUCCUUCAGUGCGUGCGUACACCAUCCUCCUCUUCAUUUUUGUGUUCUUCAUCCCACUAGGCAUUAUUGCCAACUGCUACUUUGGAAUUUUCCAAGCUAUCCGAGCUGCGGGGAAGGAAAUACGAGAGUUAAAUUGUGGGGAAACGCACAAGGUGUAUGAACGCAUGCAAAAUGAAUGGAAGAUGGCGAAAGUCGCCCUCCUAGUCAUUUUGCUUUUUGUAAUAUCGUGGUCGCCCUAA